AUGUCUCUCCCUAAGCGACCGAGGAGUACAACGCCGCCAUCCCUAGACAAUCUUGAACACAUCAAAGUUCGUUCCACGAGUUCUGAAGCUCACACGCCUUGCUCUACAGUGGUCUCUUCCAAUUCAGCGCCGAGCAAGCCGCCAAUCUACAACCCAGCAGCUCUGCUCAACCCCAGGGGCAUGACCGCCACUGCAACACGACGCCCACAUGUCCAGCUGACCACCAAUAAGAAAGGCGACGAAGCCACGGACGAUGAUGUCGUUUUCCAGUUCUCUACAACAAGCAAUGGUUGGAGUUCGGACGCCAUUGCUCAGAACGGGCCCGUAGAGCACGAAGAGCGCGAUGCUCCAAUAGCGAAUGGCAGUGGAAUGGGGGCGCUGCUAGAUCGGAAGUUCAACCUCCAAGAGAGAAGCUCUGUCCCCGAACCCAAACGUCGCAAGAUCCACGAUGAUUCCGACGACGCAUCCGACCACAAGAAUACCUUCCGGACUGGGGGCGGCAGCGGCAUUCUUGGCGACCACCUGAAUCAGGAACGUGCCAAUGGCAAGUCGGUACCCUCUUUGAGUCGCCAGGUGACUGUCGACCUUACUGAAGGAGCCGAGGAUGAAGACGUUGUCGUAAUAGAGAAGCCGAAAGAUGAGGAGAUCUGCAUAGGCAUGCUCGAGGAUGCAACGGUUAACUGCCACAAGCUCCCUGCGCCCAAGCCUGGCACCGUGGCACUUGGCGGAAACAACUUCUGGCCGAUCGUCAAGGUACUGAUCAAGAGAUCAGUCAAUGACAAGACACAUACCGUCUCUGUGGCUGAUUACACACGUGAAGUGGUGGGAAACUUGGACCCGCGCACUUCGAGAGCCUUGGCUAUGCUGUUGGAUUAUCAAAAUCUGAAUCUGCGAACGGAUGCCAGGCUACCGACGCGGCGAAGACUGCCGGAUGAAAGCACGCCAGGCCAGCCAAUAUCGCGAUCGUUCAAGGUCGAGCUCAUGCUCUACGUUCCGAUUAAGUAUGCGAGAGCGGUAGGACGGACUUUGACGCAACAUGGUCUCAAACUGAUCAGCCCCACCAAAGUCGAUGCUGGUGUGAGGUUUUUAAACCCCCAUGCCAAAGACCGCAAUCAGUUCCAGCCUAGACCCAAGAUCACGUACGAGCCGGGGAUGUACUCGUCGGCCCCGACGGUCAUGCGCACAGUGGAAGAAAUGAGGUCCGACAUUAUGGGGAUUUUUGAUUCGAUGGCCAAGACGGAUGAGCUCCCAGAGCUUGACCCGGAUGAUAGUAUCACGACCGAACUGCUCAAGCACCAGAAGCAAGGCCUCUAUUUCAUGGUCAACCGGGAGAAGCCGUUGGCCGACCAGGUCAACACCAAGCUCUCGAGCUCGAUUUGGCAAAAGAAGCAAGGCAACAACCAUCAAACCCACUGGUACAAUGUCAUCACGGGGCAUUCGGAACGCGAGCCUCCUCCCGAGACACUGGGCGGAAUACUGGCUGACAUGAUGGGGCUCGGAAAGACGCUGAGCAUUCUAUCUCUCAUUACCAUUACGCGCAAUGAGGCGGAGGAGUGGAGUGCGCUUCCUCCCGUACAACCUCGACUCCCUGAACAGAAGAAGAAGCCGAACGGUUCAGCAAGCUUUGAGAUACCCACAAGGCAGCUGGACUUGACGACGCUUGCGCGGAAUGGGAAGGCAACCUUGCUGGUCUGUCCUCUUAGCACCGUGACCAACUGGGAGGAACAGAUCAAGCAACACGUCAAGCCGGAUGCUCUGAAUUACCAUGUGUACCACGGGCAAAACCGGAUCAAAGAUGCCGAGCAGCUUUCUCAAUUUGACUUGGUCAUCACGACCUAUGGCUCGGUCUCCAGCGAGCUGAGCGGACGCAAUAAGCGGAAAGGGGGGAAAUAUCCUCUCGAAGAGGUCGGCUGGUUCCGGGUUGUGCUUGACGAGGCACACAUGAUACGAGAGAACUCGACCCUGCAAUUCAAGGCAAUUUGCCGCCUUCAAGCCUGUCGUCGCUGGGCCGUCACUGGAACCCCGGUGCAGAACCGCCUUGACGACUUGGGAUCCCUUCUUGCCUUCUUGCGGUUCAAGCCGUUUGAUGAUCGAGCCAAAUUCACACAGUACAUCGUAACCCCGUUCAAGGUGUGCGAUCCAGAGGUCCUGGCAAAGCUGCGCGUUCUCGUCGACACCAUCACUCUUCGGCGCCUCAAGGACAAGAUCAACCUCCCUCCUCGAGAAGACCUGCUCAUCAAACUGGCCUUUUCCGAGAGUGAACAGCGCAUAUAUAACCUCUUUGCCAAAAAUGCACAGGAGCGCUUCCAGGUGCUGACGGGCCAUCAGGAGAAAGUGCUCGGUGGCAAAACGUACAUCCACAUCUUACAGAGCAUCUUGCGUUUGCGACUCAUCUGUGCACACGGAAAAGAUCUCUUGUCGGAGGAAGACCUAGAUAAUAUCAAAGGCUUCUCCCAAGACUCGGCAAUCACACUCGACAGCGAUGACGAGGAGGAGGAUAAGCCGGCGCUGCCCGAAGCCAAAGCGUACAAGAUGUUUGACCUGAUGAAAGACACCAACAGCGACAACUGCAUUUUUUGCAACCGCAAGCUUGGUGCACGCGACGAUUCGGAUGUCGAUUCUGAGCGCCAGGAGCCCGUUCUCGGAUACAUGACACCGUGCUAUCACAUCUAUUGCCCCGACUGUAUUGGCAAUUUCGAAGAUCCGGUGCUCAACCUCGACUACCGGAGCAACAAGUACGGCACAUGUCCCGUGUGCGACCAACACGUCAAGUUCCUCUGCGCCGAGCUACGCCAGGAUCAAGCGGAUAUGGAACACGAGUCUCACUCCAAGAGAAAGACGGAGCGAGGGGGCAAGUCUGUCAAUAUCGAGAACUACACUGGUCCCCACACCAAGACCCGGCAUCUGCUUGAGGAGCUCCUGGCUUCCAAGGCGGAGAGCGAUCAGAACCCGGAGGAGCCUCCCAUCAAAUCGGUAGUUUUCUCUGGUUGGACAUCUCAUCUUGAUCUGAUACAGCUCGCGCUCCAGAACGCUGGCAUAACCUACGUACGUCUGGACGGCAAGAUGGCGAGAAUGGCGCGGACACAAUCCAUGGACAGCUUCCGCGAGGACCCCAAUGUCCAGGUGAUUCUCGUCUCCAUCAUGGCAGGUGGACUGGGUCUCAACCUGACCGCAGGUAGCAACGUCUACGUGAUGGAACCCCAGUACAACCCCGCUGCGGAGGCGCAGGCUGUCGACCGAGUGCAUCGCCUGGGCCAGAAGCGACCUGUGCGCAUUGUGCGGUACAUCAUGAGCAACAGCUUCGAGGAGAAAAUGCUGCUGCUGCAGGAGAAGAAGAUCAAGCUUGCCAACCUGUCCAUGAACCGCUCAGACAGGCCUCUGGAUAGGGCCGAGACUGCCAGGCAGCGACUGGAGGACCUUAGAAGCUUGUUUCGUUAG